AUGCCUUCCCCUCAAGAGCCCCAGCAGCAAGCUCCCAUGGAGAUGGCUCCCGUCGACGGCGUCGUUACGCAACAGCCUGCCGCUGAACCCCAACCCGAGUUCGGCAGCAUGCGAGGUGGUGAAGAGGCUGGUUGCGAGAUCUGCUGCGGCCUUUGCGCCUGCGACGAGGGCUGCUGCUAA